AUGGGUUCAUUCGGCGAGUUGAAUGACUACGGUCAUGCUAUGAAGUCCCAGUUUCUGUUUGACCCGAAGUGGACCAAUCUCAACCACGGCUCAUACGGCACCUAUCCUCUGCCUGUCAGGAAUGCAUUGCGGGGCUAUCAAAAGCUCACCGAGGCCUGUCCCGACAAGUUCCUCCGAUAUCAGUACCUUGACCUACUCGAGAAGUCUCGAGACCGGAUAUCGAGACUAGUCAAUGCCUCUGUCGACGACUGCGUCUUCGUUCCCAAUGCGACUACAGGCAUCAACACCGUCCUACGAAAUAUCCAGUACAAAGAGAAAGACGUUAUCAUCUACUUCGACACCAUAUACGCCGGAAUCGAGAAGACACUUAAAUCCAUCAAGGAGACUAAUCCUCAACUCAGCCUCCGGAAAGUUGGUCAGGGCCAGGAUUUCGCUUAUACGUUGCCUUGCACACAUCCUGAGAUCCUAAAUGCCUUUUCACAAACAAUAUCACGAAUACUAUACGAUGGUUAUACGCCACGAGUGGCCGUGUUCGAUACCAUCGUCUCAGUCCCAGGCGUCCGGUUUCCCUUCGAGCGCCUCACCAAGAUGUGUAAAGAAUACAAUAUUUUUAGUGUGGUUGACGGCGCCCACGCAGUCGGUCAAAUACCACUGAAUUUGAGCCAGCUGGACGCGGAUUUCUUCGUAAGUAACUGUCACAAAUGGAUGUACACCCCCAGAGGAUGUGCGCUACUGCAUGUGCCGCUACGGAAUCAGCACUUGAUUCGAACGACCUUCCCCACCUCGCACGGCUAUGUUCCAGUCGACGAAGACCUGUAUAAUCCUUUGCCGGCUUCGGGCACCAAGAGUCCCUUUGUCAAGCUGUUCGAGUUCGUCGCGACUACCGACUGUUCGCCCUACUAUUGCGUACCAGCCGCCCUCAACUUCCGUCAGAAUUUGUGCCCGGGAGGCGAAGAGGCGAUUUACAAGUACAUCCGGGACGUGGCUCAGCGAGGAGCGGAUUUGCUGGCGAUGGAAUUGGGGACUGAAGUCAUGGACGAUAUAGACGAGGGCCGUGGUCUGAAGACGAUGGGCAGCUACGAAGCUACCGAUCGUCGAGAGGCCAACGCAGGGUACACAGGCGGUCUACGCGACUGUGCGAUGGCCAACGUAUUACUGCCUAUCCACAUCGAGGGACUUAUCAGUGUCGGCUCAAUAGCAGGCGGGCCGGGAGGAGCUGGCAGUGCGGGAGGCUUGAGUCCAUUGCACGGUCAAGGCCGGAAAGGCUCUUACGGCUUUUCUGGUGCCUUCCGGUCGACUUCGUUAAGUGCUCCCGUAGCAACUGGACUCAAUCCCCCAGGGGCUCCGUGGAUGAGCAAGGAGAUCAACGCGAGUCCGAUGAGCGGCAGUCCCGCGGGGAGUCCCUUGGGUAGCCCUGCACUAAGCUCAACAGGGGGUGGAGCGGUCAUAAUCCAAGCAGCCGAUGUCCGCCAACAUCUCGACUGGAUGAUGAAGACGAUGGUCAACGAAUUCCGGACAUAUGUGUCACUGUUUGUGUACAACGGCAAGAUCUGGGUUCGGAUCUGCGGUCAAAUCUACCUGGAGCUGCGGGAUUUCGAAUGGCUCGGUGGCGUGCUGAAAGCACUGUGCGAGCGCGUGAGGAUGGGCGAGAGCUUGAAGACGGAGGAAGACACACGAACAGGACGUCACAUGACGAGGAGGUCGUCGGUAGAUCUGGAAGCACUCGGCCGGACCAUCAGCGAGGUCCGACUUGGGGCGCCGGCACACCCGAGUAGCAGUGGUCAAGGAUCUGGUACUGUUGCCGCUGCACCUGGUGGGCACAGACGAUUUGAUAUUACGCUUGGUCAGUGGGUUGAGGCAUAA